AGGACCUUAGAAUCCUGAGACAUUUUGGAUUCGCAGCACUCAAGAUUGACCCAGAGUUUAGAGUUCAUCAUGUCCAAGUUGAAAAGUUCAGAGUCAGUCAGGGUGGUGGUUCGCUGUCGGCCCAUGAAUGGCAAGGAAAAGGCUGCUUCGUAUGUCAAGGUGGUAGAUGUGGACGUAAAGCUGGGACAGGUAUCUGUGAAGAACCCCAAAGGAACAGCCCAUGAAAUGCCCAAGACCUUCACCUUUGAUGCAGUCUAUGACUGGAAUGCCAAGCAGUUUGAACUCUAUGAUGAGACGUUCCGACCGCUUGUGGACUCCGUCCUGCAAGGUUUCAACGGAACUAUUUUUGCCUAUGGACAGACUGGCACUGGGAAAACCUAUACAAUGGAAGGAAUCCGUGGUGACCCUGAAAAACGAGGAGUCAUUCCUAACUCAUUUGACCACAUCUUCACCCACAUCUCUCGGUCCCAGAAUCAACAGUAUCUGGUCAGGGCUUCUUACUUGGAGAUCUACCAGGAGGAGAUCCGAGAUCUGCUUUCAAAGGAUCAGACCAAACGGCUGGAGCUCAAAGAGAGGCCCGACACAGGAGUGUAUGUGAAGGACUUGUCUUCCUUUGUCACCAAGAGCGUGAAGGAGAUAGAACAUGUGAUGAAUGUAGGAAACCAGAACCGUUCUGUUGGUGCAACCAACAUGAAUGAGCACAGCUCACGUUCCCAUGCGAUUUUUGUGAUCACUAUCGAGUGCAGUGAGGUGGGCCUGGAUGGAGAAAACCAUAUCCGGGUAGGGAAACUGAACCUUGUGGAUCUUGCUGGCAGCGAACGGCAAGCCAAGACUGGUGCACAAGGGGAAAGAUUGAAGGAGGCCACCAAGAUCAACCUUUCUCUUUCAGCCUUGGGUAAUGUCAUCUCUGCCCUAGUGGAUGGCAAAAGCACUCACAUUCCAUAUCGGGACUCAAAGCUUACCAGGCUCCUCCAAGAUUCCCUCGGUGGCAAUGCUAAAACUGUGAUGGUAGCCAAUGUGGGGCCUGCCUCUUAUAAUGUAGAAGAGACUCUGACCACUCUGCGAUAUGCCAACCGUGCCAAAAACAUUAAGAACAAACCGAGGGUCAAUGAGGACCCUAAGGAUGCCCUCCUUCGAGAGUUCCAGGAAGAGAUUGCUCGGCUCAAGGCCCAGCUGGAAAAACGGUCCAUUGGCAGGAGGAAGAGACGAGAGAAGCGGAGGGAAGGUGGUAGCAGUGGUGGGGGUGGGGAAGAGGAGGAGGAGGAGGAGGGAGAAGAGGGUGAGGAGGAAGGGGAUGAUAAGGAUGAUUACUGGCGGGAGCAGCAAGAAAAACUGGAGAUUGAGAAGCGGGCUAUUGUAGAGGACCACAGCUUGGUUGCAGAGGAGAAGAUGAAGCUGCUGAAGGAGAAGGAGAAAAAAAUGGAAGACCUGCAGCGGGAGAAGGAUGCCGCUGAGUUGCUGGGUGCCAAGAUCAAGGCCAUGGAGAGCAAGCUGCUUGUUGGAGGAAAAAAUAUUGUAGAUCAUACGAAUGAACAGCAGAAAAUCCUGGAGCAGAAACGACAGGAAAUUGCAGAGCAGAAACGCAGAGAAAGAGAAAUCCAACAACAGAUGGAAAGUCGAGAUGAGGAGACCUUGGAACUUAAAGAGACGUACAGCUCCUUGCAGCAAGAGGUGGACAUUAAGACCAAAAAACUCAAAAAGCUCUUCUCCAAGCUUCAGGCAGUGAAGGCUGAGAUCCACGACCUCCAAGAAGAGCACAUCAAGAAGCGCCAAGAGUUGGAGCAGACUCAGAAUGAGCUCACCAGGGAGCUGAAGCUCAAGCAUCUUAUUAUAGAAAACUUUAUUCCUCUGGAAGAAAAAAGUAAAAUUAUGAAUAGAUCCUUCUUUGAUGAAGAGGAAGACCAUUGGAAAUUGCAUCCUAUAACCAGAUUGGAGAAUCAGCAGAUGAUGAAACGGCCAGUCUCAGCUGUGGGAUAUAAGAGACCAUUGAGCCAACAUGCAAGGAUGUCCAUGAUGAUCCGUCCAGAGGCCAGAUACAGGGCAGAAAACAUUGUGCUAUUAGAGCUGGACAUGCCCAGCCGGACCACCAGGGACUACGAGGGCCCAACCAUUGCCCCCAAGGUCCAGGCUGCAUUGGAUGCGGCUCUGCAGGAUGAAGAUGAGAUACAGGUGGAUGCAUCAACUUUUGAAAGCACUGCAAAUAAGAAGUCCAAGGCCAGGCCUAAGAGUGGAAGGAAGUCAGGAUCCUCCUCUUCCUCAGGAACUCCUGCAUCUCAGCUUUAUCCCCAGUCUCGGGGGCUGGUUCCAAAGUAAAGCAAGAUCCUCCUCUCCCAGGGCGUGAACAGCAUCUGCCUUCCAAGAGAAGAGAUGAGCAAAAGACUGCAGAGGGGACUUGAGCCCAGACUCAGAACUGUUCCACUGAGGAGAAGCCAUGGCCUCUUUGCAGAUUCACCACCUGAAUCUGGUCGAAUGUGCUGGUCCCAGUAUGGCAUUCCGCCCCUCUGGGAAACGCCUUUUAAUUAGCAUCUCAGCAAUGUAUGGGUAAGGUAAAGUGCGCUAGUCCAAGUGGAAAGCAAGAGAAUGACCAGUGACCUUGCUUCUCCUCCUGUUCCCCUGCCCUCCCUUCCUCUCCCCUCUCCUUUUCUAGCCUGUUCUUCAUGCUGGGCUCCCUUUCUGUUGAACAGUACGGAAGAAUCAGAAGUCACCUUAGCAGGAAAACAUCUUUUGGAGCCUCGGGAUAAAAUGACAGUGAGGUUGAAACAUAAAUAUCCCAGAACUUGGGUAGGUGCCUGUUCUUGUAGGCAGAAAUGAGAAGUCUCAUUUGGAUCCAAACCCAGGUAGGCACCAUCAGUGAUCUUACCUCUGUGUCCCACCAUGAGAAGUGGAUCUGCCUUUGGGAGCUACUCAGUGAGGAACUCUCUCCCAGUUUCUGCUUCUGAGGGAGUCAAUGUUGGAAGCAAUAGAAGUAACAUUCCUGUUGCCUCUUUGGAGCGUUUAGGGAAGCAGCUUCUUUAAAACCUCAAAACCGUGGCCAUCCUGUUAAAGACCUAAAUCUGGAGGCCAGUGCCAUGUCCAUUCACCGUGUCACUUUACUCUUCAUUUCUCUCCGUCUUUUGCAUGCGUGCAUACUCUGCACAGGCCCGUCCUCUGCCUCCAGAGCAUGCCCUGCCGUGGGCUUGCUUUGUGGGAGAAAGGAGUCUGGCUCAGCCUUCUCUGGUGGGACUGGAGUUGAGGGAAAGAGACACACAAUGGCGCCUUUGAGUUUCCCAUUUUGUUCCAUAUUGACAUGGAGAGCAGAAGAGUAGCAGACAGAUGCAGAGACGGAGAUGUGUGAGUCAGGGCAGUGAAACGGUGAGACACAGCAGAUGGAAGUGAAGGAAUCCUCCUGCCUUCAGCAGAGAACGCACCAAAUCCUGGAACUGUGGCUUCCUCCAGGCGGAACCUGAGACGCUGGUGAGGAGUUGCGUGAUUGAACAGGCUCUGAGGAGAGUUCGGAAUUCCUGUUUACAUACACGAGUUUGGUUUGUAAGUUUUAGUUCCUUGUAUUAUUGAGAUUCAGAGCUUCGUUUUUUGUUGGUCAUUAGGUGGAUGUUAUUCAUUUUCCUCUUAAGAGAAGCUCAUAAGUAUGUGUGGGUGUGAGAGCACAGUGGUACCUGUGUUCUGUGAGUGUGUCCAUGUGUGUCUGUAAGAGAGAGAGACCAAGAACUCGCCCAGUUUUGAAAUUCACGAACGUGCAGUUUUUGCCUUUUGUCUGUGUUAAAAGCCCAUUGAAUGACUAAUCUAGGCAGACGCACUCCCAUAUGGGUGUCUGAGUCCAUGAGCCAAGCCUGGGGGGACAAUGUGAGUCCCCAGGUCUGCCACACUGGUGUACCUUGCUGGCACGGUACCUCAGAAAGGUGGCGACUCGGGUGGGCUUCGAGUUAUGUGUUAACUCAGCUGCUCAGUUCCCAGGGCACACUUCUGGCUCAGAACCCUUGGGAAAGAGAAGGUACCAAGUGCAAUGUCUUAGCAUUCUGCAGAACGGAGGUCUGUUGUCCAGCAGCUCAUUUCCUUUUUAGUGACCAUUCUUUCUGAACCCAGGCCUUUUUCAGCAGUUCCCAGAGCACAAUGAAGCCUACCCUCAUCUUCUCUCUGGCUCUUCCCUGCAUUUUUCGCAUUUACUAAGCAUUUGUCUGUUUGAAUAGGAUCCAAACAAUGAGGCUGAUAACCUCAGGUGGUUAUCUGCUGGUUACAUGUAUAUCCCACACCACAUCUCCAAGGCUGGUCUAAAUUCCAUAGGCUGAAAAUAUUCAUGCAGCAAAUCUGAAAACUGAAAAUUGCAGAUAACACUAUACCUUAAUACUGAUAUCUUGAGGUGCUUUUCUGAUUGGGGUGGUUAAGUGGCACAUAGAACUUUCUAAGAAGGCAAAAGAAGAAAGACAAAUUGACAGGCAUGCCUUGUACUCAUGUGUUCAUGUAGUGGCCUGUGGAAACCAAGCAAAAGAGCACUCACUUGGGGGCAGCCCCUUCGGGUCCCCUUCCACAGUGGGAGCUUUUCUAUCCUCUCAAUAAGUCCUGCUUUCUCACUUAAAAAAAAAAAAAGAGCACGCACUUGGAGAUGAAGCUGUCCUUUUCCAAGCAGUCUCUGGUGCUUUUCUUCUCUCAAAAUGGAUCUGAUAAAUGUUUGGAUAGAACAGAUGGUAGAAUGUCUUGCUGCCAUGAGAAAGCUGCUGCAUUGGGUUCUGAGUUGAGUGAAAUAUAUAGAAGACCCACAGAACCCACUGAGGGACCAGGUUUUCAUGUCUAUAGUCAUGUCUAAAAUAUUCUGAGCCAUUUAAGGACCUCAAUGCCAGCAGCAGCCAGUGAAAUCUGAAAGUCUUACAGUAUCUAAGAUAACCAGUGGGAGAAGGAGUUGAGACUGUGUGCAACCCUCAUCAGACCCCUUUUUGCUCGGAUCAUAGAAUGUAUCUGACUUCAUAUUUUAAAGUUACGUGUCUCUCAGACCCCUGGAUUCAGAACCCAAGGCUACCAAUCAUAGGCAUGAAGCACUUUCUUAAGAUUCUGACCCAAUGUUGGAUUGUCCCCAUCUAACACCUGCAUGCUGCUUGAAUUGCUUCACCCACACCUCCAUGACCAAGGGCGCCAGAGAGCUCUGCAGCUUCUGCAUGGGCCACUUUCUGCUUUCCUUUCUGACUCUUGGAAGGCCUCCCUCACUGAAUGUAGAAUCAUUGCCAAGUUCCUGAGAAGUGUCGAUUCCCUGUUAACGUGGAAUAUCAGUCCUGCUUCGCAUCUCUCACUUAAGGUUGAGGCAUCUGCGAACAACACCUGGACCGUCUGAACCCCAGCAGUGGACUAAAUGGGGCUCUUCAUGUACUCUAAAAGCCAUACUAAAAAUGCUCAGAGGGAACUGGAUAAGAACACUGGGCCUGGCUAUUGUCUAUCACGCAAGACUUUGUCUUGUACUAUUUGGAAAUCUGUCACCUUUCUGCCUACCCUCAUUUCUGUAAUGAAAUGCUUUUGAGGUUAUUUGUGAAAGGAGUGAUCCUGGGGUAGUGGGCUUGAUGGUUCCCUGGAGUUACUAUUGAUCUUGACCUUCUCUUUGGCUACCUUUAGACAAAGAAUAUGCCAAUACUUGGGGCUCUGAGUUUUACAGUUGAUAUUUAUUUGUAUCAUCUCUUUGUCUAGGAAUGUAAAAGUGAUUCUAAACUAAGAUGUGUAAUAAAAAUCAAUCAGAUUUAUUGUACCUACAAAAA